AUGGUCCCUUACGAUGCCUGGUCACUGCAGACCUGGCUGACCGGCCUGCCCAAAAUGGCUUUAUGCCACAUCCUGACGACCGUUGCCAUGAAAAGCCCGCGCGUCAUGCAAAUGAUUGAAGACCAUCAGCCAAGCGCCAACCUAUUGAAGAACAACAUCAACAAGCAGCACCCCAUGUCACCAACACCAUCGGCAACGACUAUGACUAUGACUGCGAGCACUUUGGCCGAACAGCAGCAACGCUUCCCGCCUGCGGGCGACUUUUAUCAGGAAAUCUUACGCAUACAAGAACGUGCGCGCAGCAUUGUGCACAGUUUAGAUGGCUGUCGCCCCUCGGAACAGUUUGCAAACGAAGCAGCAUUGGCUGAAGAGCUCCAACGAGUGGUGCGAUGGUGUACAAACACACUACACGCAUCCACGCGCGGUCACUCUUUGGCGGCACUGAUGGGACUUCUGGCCAUUGCACGCGAAGGCCUGUCUGCCAUCCCCGAGAUCCGCAAGUAUCUUUUUGGCAAGGCACAUUUGGGGCGCAUGGUGGUGCUCGAAAUGAGCAGUGUCCUCAAGAACUUUAAAAACACGACCCAUUUACCGGACCAGUGGUCGUUGCUACUGAGCAUCUUGGAAGCGCCACACGCAGUCGUGCAGGACCACCAUCGUCACCAGGUUGCUUGGGUAGUCCAGUUGCUCCGUGAUGUUUGUGCACAGAUGGCCCAUUGCGAUAGGAGCUGGAGACAUCUGCAAGAAUAUGAGCACGUAGUCGCUAUUGCAGAACGGAAUUGUUGGCCCUUUUAG